AUGGGACAUGAGGAGCAUGGAGGGACUUGGCGCAUGGAAGCAGCUCAACUGGACACGCAAAGGAAGAAGGGAGAAGCCAUCUUGAAGACCAGCUCGACCGUCUACUCGACCAACCGGUCGAGUUCCUCAACUCGACCGGCCAAGCUUCAACUCGAUCGAGCUGAGAAGUCAAAACUUGGUCGAGCUAGACUUACAACGGGUAGAAAGAGGGUUCAGAGGUCACAGAGGGUACAAGAGGAACCUGAGGUGCUUGUUGCUGAUACAAUGGAUGUACCAGAGGGGAAUGGAAACCCUUUGGGAAUGGACUCGGUCGAGCUAGGCAAACUCGACCGAUUGGUCAAGGAGAUGCUCCAAACCGCCACCAACAGAGACAAGGGAUUGUUCCACCACCAGUGCAGAACCACAACUUUGAGAUCAAGCUGGGAAUGA